AUAUUGUCGCGAAAUCAAGCGAGGAGGCCUUAGCAACAGUAAAUACUUCGAUCGGCCUAAACUAGUAUAGAUACGUACAAUUCUGCCAUAUUUAUACCUUUAUUCUCUCAGGAGUAAAAUACUCGGCUGUUUUUAGAUUAAUCAAAUAUUGAAAUAUCCACAAAUUUUUAAGAUAUUAUUUAUCAAUCAACUUGAUGGCAUCACUCAAAAGAGUAAUCAUUAUUGGAGGAAUUGUGGCAUUUGUUGGUUUAAUUAUUUUGAUACUAUCUCUAGUUCUGAGCUCAAUGAAAAGGCUUGAUUCUCAUGAAAUAGGUCUAAAAUAUGACACUAUAAAAAAGAAACUCCAAAAAGAUGCGUUUUAUGAAGGAUUACACUUCGGAUCACCAGGCUUUAAAUUUAUUAAAUUUGCUGCAGUAUUCAAAUCAUUACAAUUGAAUAACUUCGUUUGUCUGAAUAAGGAUGAGGUAUUCAUCACUUUGCAGCUCUCCUUGCAACAUAGACCAAGAGCUGUUAAAAUCUAUGAUAUAGCUAGGUUAUUUAAAAAUGAAGAAGAUUAUCAACAUAUCUUAUUACCAAUAGCUCAAGCUAGUGUUUAUGAGACAUGUGCUGAAUUCAAUACCUCUCAGUUACAAACUGAAAGGGGAAUAUUUCAAGAGAGACUUCAGAGUAUUCUAUCAAAACGAUUCGAAGAAGUCUAUACAGAUGUCACUAAUUUACAAAUGCAAGAUAUUAGAAGACCUAGUCAAUAUGAAAAGGUUAUACAAGACAAGGAAGUCGCCAGAGAAGAUAUAGAUGUGGCCAAGCAAGAGAAUCCUAGACAGAUUGCUUUAGCCAAAAAUGCAAAGAAGAAAGCUAGGAAUGAGGCUGAGAUAGUAGUACAAAAAGCCGAAAGUGAGGCCAGAAACGUCUUAGCCAAAGCAAGAGCAGAAGCAAAUGGUAUUGAAGCUCAAUAUCAAGCCGAAGCUGAAACUUUCUACAACAUGAAGAAAUCUCUUGGUCUUGACGAAAAAUCAUUUAUUAAAUAUAUAGCUACUAGAGCUAUAUUCUCCGAAAGAGACUCACCGGUUGAUCUAGCAAUCGACGAACCGGUGAAAUUGGGCCUAUCAGAGAGCAAAUGAGUUUUUACACUAUAUAUACUAAUAUUAUAUCUAUUAUGUGCUUAAAUAUAUUUUAUCCAUUUACAUAAACAAUAUAUUUAGGUGGCAUACGCAUAAGAUAGAUAGAUAGAUAGAUAGA